AGAAUACUAUAUUUCCCUUGACAGAGUGAUGCUGAAUGUAAAAAAUGGCUCAACUUACCCCACUCUCCCCUAUAGAGCCAUAGCUGUAUAGAGCCAUAGCUACAGUAGCUUACAUGGAGGAAUACAGUUUCUCUCAGUUACACUCUGUUUGGCUGAAGUUUCCUCUACGUGGGAGGAAUAGGAAGAGGGGAUUUGAGAAAGGUGGAGGGAGCCUGCGGAUACACACACACACACACAGACACAUACUGACAAACGCACACACACAAUACUUUUGAACAUUCUAUUUUGGCACAGAACAACACCAAAAUGUAUGUACCUAGCCUUUACCCCUGUUUUUAUUUCUUUUUAUUUCCCUUUCUCUUUCUCUCUCCCUCUCCCCCUUCAACCGCCAUGGAGGAACGUGCUCGUCAGCGAGCGGAGUGCAGGAGGGAGGGAGGUGGAGGAGCUGAAGAAAAAGAAGGAGGGGGAGAGACUGGCCCAGUUGAAAGCAGCAGAGGAGGAGAGGCAGUGGGAGGAGGAGGAAGAGAAACAUAGAGCAGCUGAAAGGAGAAGGGAGAAGAGACGAGAGAGAGGGAGGAGAACCAGAGGGGAACCAGAGGGGGUUGGAGCGAGAGCAGCAGCUUCAGACCCAGGCCCAGCAACACUACCACAGAACUCUGUUACUACGGCGAGGCCUGGCGCCAUGGAAACGCAUAGUUGCCAUGAGCCAAGCCAACACUCAGCUGGCCAGGGCUCAUCACAGGCAGUCUCUCCUGAAACGGUGCAUCCUGUCCUGGCAGCAGGUAGCAGGCGAGUCCCUGGCUCAGAAACGGGCCUCUGCCAAACAACUGCAUCAACACAUCCUGCUACGGAGGAGCCUGGGCAACUGGAAAAGACUGAAGGACCACCGCAUGGUUCUGGAGGGGCGGGCCAACCGGUUAUGGCGCACGCACAUGACCCAGAAGAGGAUGGUGGAGUGGGACCGGGAGCAGCAGGCUCAGGAACACAGUGACAGGCGGGCGGUGCGGAGCUGUUUCCAGGCCUGGAGACGGUAUCUAGGAUGGCUGCGUGAGGAGAGGGAGACCAGGAGGGAGCAGCUGAAACGCACAGUGGAAGAGGUCCUACCUGACUUCCGCUCCUCUCCUCUGAACUGUCCCUGGGAACAAGCCCUGCUGUGACUCACAGGACACACACACGUACGGUACACACACACACACACAGGCAGACAGACGGAAUACUUCGAUACAGGAUAUACAGGAUAUACAGAAAAUGUGGCUUAAGUUGCUGCUGGAACAAGCACACACACACAGGCUGUUUGUUAUCCUUAAUAACCAGAGAAAGCUGGAUAUAACUUUUAAUGAAGACAGUUUGGAAAACUUUUGUAACAGCAAUGACUCAUUUAAAACUGCAGUUGAUGUUCAGGUUAUUGAAUUUGUUUUAUUUUGUGUAUUAUUGAAGUCACAGCUUGAUGUAAUUUGACAGAAGCUUGAAGGCAUCAAUAAUAAUGAUAAAAAGUAUUCUGUUAUUCAUAUCACCAUAAACGAGUCUCACUGUG